AAUAUCCCCCCUCAACUUCGCAUUUUAUGCUCCUUAAAACAGAAGCCAAAGAAAGCAACACCAUUCUCUAUAAUUUCUCCUUCCACGAUUCUUGCUUUGAUUGGCGAUACACUUCUAAACUGGUUAUAGCUUCAAGUUAUGGCACAUCUACUCUCAGUAUCUUCUUCUUUAAGCAUCUCCUCUGGCAGCAAAUCAUACAGCAAACCCUUAACCCUAUUCUCCCUUACAUCCUCUUCAUCCAUUAUUUGCCCUAUUUCUAAAUCACCCCUCAAAAAAACACUUUCUCUUCGAGCAAACAAUGCAUCACAAAAACACCGUGCUCUCCAUGUAAACUCCGUUUCCGUUGGUCAAGAAACCAAGGUGGAGCCUGGAUCCGGGUCCCACGAGACCUCCAACGGAGCUCCUGCCCGAAAGAAAGUCAUGGUAAUAGGCGGCGACGGCUAUUGUGGGUGGGCCACCGCCCUCCAUCUAUCCAACAAGAAUUACGAAGUUGCCAUUGUCGACAACCUCGUUCGUCGCUAUUUCGACCACCAACUAGGCCUUGAAUCCCUCACUCCGAUAUCAUCCAUCCACGACAGAAUCCGUCGCUGGAAAUCCGUCACCGACAAAGACAUCCAACUUUUCGUCGGUGAUAUUUGCGAUUUCGAGUUCUUAUCAGAAGCUUUCACCUCAUUUAAACCCGAUGCUGUGGUCCACUUUGGAGAACAAAGAUCCGCUCCUUACUCCAUGAUUGAUAGAUCUAGAGCUGUAUACACGCAGCACAAUAACGUGAUAGGUACACUCAACGUUUUAUUUGCUAUUAAAGAAUUUGGAGAGGAUUGUCAUCUGGUGAAACUAGGGACCAUGGGAGAGUAUGGUACACCCAAUAUUGAUAUCGAGGAGGGUUUUAUAACGAUUACUCAUAAUGGGAGGACAGAUACUUUGCCUUAUCCGAAGCAGGCUAGUUCAUUCUAUCAUUUGAGUAAAGUGCACGAUUCUCAUAAUAUUGCGUUUACUUGUAAGGCUUGGGGAAUUAGAGCAACCGAUUUGAACCAGGGUGUUGUUUAUGGCGUGAGAACCGAUGAAACGGCCAUGCAUGAGGAGCUUUGUAAUAGAUUCGAUUACGACGGUGUUUUUGGAACUGCGUUGAAUCGGUUUUGUGUUCAGGCUGCUGUUGGUCAUCCACUUACUGUCUAUGGCAAAGGUGGCCAGACAAGGGGAUAUCUUGAUAUAAGAGACACGGUUCAAUGCGUUGAGAUUGCUAUAGCGAAUCCAGCACAGAGGGGGGAGUUUCGUGUUUUUAAUCAAUUUACUGAGCAAUUUUCGGUGAAUGAGCUGGCAUCUUUGGUUACAAAGGCGGGUGAGAAACUGGGGAUUGAGGUGAAAACGAUAUCUGUGCCUAAUCCGAGGGUGGAGUUGGAGGAGCAUUACUAUAAUGCUAAGCACACUAAGCUCGUGGAAUUAGGUCUUAAGCCUCAUCUUCUAUCGGAUUCUCUUAUCGACUCGUUGCUCAAUUUUACCGUCCAGUAUAAGGAUCGUGUUGACACGAAACAGAUAAUGCCUAGCGUUUCCUGGAGAAAGAUUGGAGUUAAGCCCAAGACUAUUGCAGCCUAAACAAGAUCCAAUAUAUAUUUAUUUUUAAUUUUAUUUUUUGGGUAUUUUCUGAUAGAUGAAAUUGUAGCAUUGUGUUGUACUAAUAGUUACUUACCACUGAAAUUAUGUAUGAUUGAGGACCAAAAAUUUGAGGCUCUAUUGAUUUUAUACAUUUA